AUGUUUGCUCAUUACCAAACGUUUACUGAAUCUAUGGAAAUGCUCAAAAGAGUUGUAUCCGAGGAUAUUGUGCCGUUGAAAUGUUUAAAAAUUGCCCCGCAACUGAUUGCUAAUGAUCCAGUUAGAGAUACUGCAGAACUUUUGUGUAUCCGUUGGAGACCUUCAAUAGGAAUAUUGAUCACACUGCCCAAUAAGCGAGUACAUCUUGAAAACAGCAGUUUUUUAAAAGAAGAGAGCAUCAGAGAUCUUAUGAUAAAAUGGAGACAGGAUGGAAUUCCGAAUGAAUGUUAUUAUUCUAUCGGAUUUUUGAAUCCAUGUCAUGUGGAGAACCUUUUGAAUGAAUUCAGGAGCAUUUCGGGAGCAAGAUCCACUACAAAACCAGAACGUGUGCUAAUUCCAUUGAGUGACAAAACAGAAUUGAAAGUCUACUGGGAGGAGACAAGUGAGGAAGAAGGGAAAUAUUGCGACAAGCCGUUGAUUGUCAAAAUCAAAGCUCAGGCGAGACAACGUGCAAAUUUUUGUUAG